AUGGAGGCCGGAAAGGAAAAGGAGCGCGUUCUGAAACAAAGGCAAGUCCUGCUAUUCUUUGUUUUGCUGGGCAUAGCUCAGGCUGGUUUCCAGCCUAGGCACUAUUCGGUAGCCGAGGAAAUGGAGAGAGGCUCCUUUGUGGCUAAUUUGUUAAAAGACCUGGGGCUGAAGAUAGGUGAGCUAGCUGCGCGGGGCCCCCGGGUCGUUUCCAAAGGGAAAAAAUUGAAUUUGCAGGUCGAUAGGCAGACCGGAGAUUUGUUGUUAAAUGAGAAAUUGGACCGCGAGGAGCUGUGCGGCCCUACGGAGCCCUGUGUACUGCCCUUCCAGGUGUUACUGGAAAAUCCUUUGCAGAUUUUCCAGGCCGAACUACGGGUUAGGGACAUAAAUGAUCAUUCUCCGGUUUUUCUGGACAAGGAAAUGAUUUUGAAAAUUUCAGAAAGUAUCACUCCCAGAACUACUUUCCUAAUAGAAUGUGCCCAGGACUUAGACGUAGGAAACAACAGUCUACAAAAUUACACAAUAAGCCCCAAUAUCCACUUCCAUCUUAAAUUACAAGAUAGUUCUAAUGGCAUAUUACCACAGCUGGUGCUGGACAAAGCUCUGGAUCGCGAAGAACAGCCUGAGAUCAGGUUAACACUCACAGCGGUAGAUGGUGGGACUCCACCCAGGUCUGGCUCCGCCCUGAUCCUCGUUGAAGUCGUGGACAUCAACGACAAUGCCCCUGAGUUUGCAAAGCUACUCUAUGAAGUACAAAUCUCAGAGAACAGCCCCAUUGGGUCGCAGGUUGCUACUGUCUCUGCUAGGGAUUUAGACAUUGGAACUUACGGAGAAAUAUCUUACACAUUUUUCCAAGCCUCUGAAGACAUUCGCAACACUUUUCGAAUAAAUACACAAUCUGGAGAACUUCUUUUAACACAGAAACUGGAUUUCGAAUCCGUUCAGACUUACACAGUAAAUGUUCAGGCAACAGAUGGUGGGGGGCUUUCUGGAAGUUGUGUGGUGUUUGUCCAAGUGAUGGAUUUGAAUGACAACCCUCCGGAACUAACCAUAUCUACACUUACCAACCAUAUCCCAGAAAAUCUGCAGGAGACCAUAGUUGCUGUAUUCAGUGUUUCAGAUCCUGACUCGGGAGACAACGGAAGAAUGGUUUGCUUCAUCCAAGAAGAUCUUCCUUUCUUUCUGAAACCCUCUGUUGAGAAUUUUUACACUCUUGUGAUAAACACAGCGCUGGACCGAGAGACCAGAUCCGAGUAUAACGUCACCAUCACCGUCACAGACUUGGGAUCCCCCAGGUUGAAAACCGACCACAACAUAACUAUUUGGGUCUCAGAUGUCAAUGACAAUGCUCCAACUUUCACUCAAAACUUUCACACCCUGUUCAUCCGUGAAAACAACAGCCCUGCCCUGCACAUGGGCAGCGUCAGCGCCACAGACAGAGACUCAGGCACCAACGCCCAAAUCACCUACUCGCUUUUGCCGCCCCAGGACCCGCACCUCCCCCUCGACUCCUUGGUCUCUAUCAACGCGGACAACGGGCACCUGUUCGCUCUCAGGUCGCUGGAUUACGAGGCCCUGCGAGCCUUCGAGUUCCGCGUGGGCGCCACAGACGCAGGCUCCCCGGCGCUGAGCAGCGAGGCGCUGGUGCGCGUGGUGGUCGUGGACGAAAACGACAACUCGCCCUUCGUGCUGUACCCGCUGCAGAACGGCUCUGCGCCCUGCACAGAACUGGUGCCCAGGGCAGCCGAGGCGGGCUACCUGGUGACCAAGGUGGUGGCGGUGGACGGCGACUCGGGCCAGAACGCCUGGCUGUCCUACCAGCUGCUCAAGGCCACGGAGCCCGGGCUGUUCAGCGUGUGGGCGCACAAUGGCGAGGUGCACACCGCCAGGUUGCUGAGCGAGCGCGACGCUGCCAAGCACAGACUCAUAGUGCUGGUCAAGGACAAUGGCGAGCCUCCGCUAUCAGCCACCGUCACGCUUCACGUGCUCCUUGUGGACGGCUUCUCGCAGCUCUACCUGCCGCUCCCAGAGAUGGCCCCGGACGAGGCCCAGGCCGACUUGCUCACGGUCUACUUGGUCAUUGCGUUGGCAUCGGUCUCAUCGCUCUUCCUGUUCUCCUUGGUCCUGUUCGUCGCGGUGCGACUGUGCGGGAGGAACAGGGCCGCCUUGGUAGGUCGCUGCCCGCUGCCCGAGGGCCACUUUCCCGGUCACUUGGUGGACGUGAGCGGCACUGGGACCCUGUCUCAGAGCUACCAGUAUGAGGUUUGUCUGACCGGAGGUUCAGGGACCAGUGAGUUCAAGUUUCUGAAGCCGAUUAUCCCCAACUUCCUUUCUCAGGGUGCUGACAGGGUUAGUGAGACAAAUACUAGCUUCAGGAAUAGCUUUGAAUUCAGUUAA